AUGAAUACUAUUGCUGAUCAUGUGUCGGCUUGUCUACAAGAGUUCAACAGUCUCUGUAGUUCCCCGGCAAUAUGGACAGACAGUAUUCCAGAUGAGGGUACCCAGAGCGAUAUAUCGCUAGUGAAGCUACAGAACGAGCUGAGCAGAUUCAAGGUCUGGAGUGGAAACAUUGGCGCUCACAGAAAAGGAAGAAGCUCGCUCGAUCAUAGGCUUCGAGAUGCGUCAAAUAUCCGGGAUCAGGUGGUUGAGCUCUUGGAGGACUUGAGAGAGUCCCUGCAAGAUGCUAAGGAUAUCCUCACUGGACAAACAACGCCAUGGGAUCAGGACCUGCCCCCAGCUGAUUUUUCAGACGACGACUCCGACCAAGAACCUUUUCAAGAUGGCGCCUCCGGAAAUUCUGAGCUCUCGCAGAUAUUUGCUGCGACAGUUGAAGACAUCAACUGCCUGUUCAGACUUUCAGUUUCCAUUCACAAUCCUUCUCCCCACGACCGCUUCAAGAAAGCCUGCUUAACCGAUACAUCUGGCUACGAGCCAUUUGACGUCCAGCAUGUAUGCAACAAGCUCUCCAAAGCCCCGAAGCCCAUAGCAGAGAGACUUGGAAAGGCAAUUUCUCGACGGAGGCAGUACUUCAAAUACAGAGAACUGCACCAUGACAAGUUGGCGGGUGGGCUCGAACUCGAUGACAAGGACCAAAUGCAGAGUACCGUAGCCUCUUCGUUACCAAAAAAGCUUAAUGUGAAUGAACCUAUCUCUUUGGAGGAGAGCUUGGACGAUACCUCGGAUGCUGGGAGAUCCCAGACGUCUUGGGCAACAUCUGCUGCGAAUCCAGAGAGACGGAAGAUACCUGCCCUUCCAGCAGGAGCCGAGAAUGGGCCUUUCGAGUGCCCAUUUUGUUUUAUGAUGGUGUCUAUUGCUUCGAGGAAUCAUUGGAAAAAACACGUAUUCUCAGAUCUGUUUCCUUACAUUUGCGUUGAGCUCGGUUGUCCGGCCCCAGAUCAGGACUUUCAACGACGCCACCAAUGGGCCGGCCACAUCAAGAAAUACCAUUGGAGGACAUGGGCCUGCAAGCUUGGAUGCGGCACGACCUUUGAGUCUUCGAAAGACAUGAAACGGCAUUUAGCGCAAAAGCAUUCAGAGGCCGCAGAAGGGACCCAUCUCGACAGCCUUCUCACCAUCUGCGAGAAGCCCAAGUCAGAGAACGAGCCAGCAGACUGUCCUCUGUGCGGAGAUAGACAAUCUUCGUUCAAACAAUACCAACGGCAUGUUGGCCGCCAUCAAGAGGAUCUUGCUCUGUUCGCAUUACCCCAUCUUCCAGGCGAAGAAGAUGAAAAGAACGACGAGUCUGAUUCCGAGUCUGUGGGAAAAGAAGAAGUGGAAUCUGAAUUACGAGACGAGUUGGAGAAGGCCAGCUCUUAUGUUACCCGUCUUUCUGACGAGAGCGGAGAUGAGGCUGCAGAUGUAUCUGAGCAAAGCAUUCGAUAUGCUGGAGGGGGAGGCUUCGCUCCUGUUGAUGUCAUAGACGAAAUUGUUGAUGGCUCAGGCCUCUCACUGCCCAACUCUCGCCCAUGGACGUGUCCGUUUCCGACCUGCCAGCAUCAUUAUUACGGAUUGUUUACCGAGGAGGAGAGAGAUCGCCACUACCGCGAUAAGCAUUCUGAACCCCCUGCCAUGUACGAGUGCAUGUUUAAGCCUUUUAUCCCUGUUGAGAAUACCUCAGAGAGCUUCAGUCCCGCUAGUUUUGACAUUCUGUACCUUCAUCACAAGAAGUUCAAAUACACAUUUGAAUUCCCCCAACACGAUAUUAGAGAUGGUAAGCUGCGAGUGUCUAAGAUCAGAGAGCUCGCAGCGGGAAUGGCGCAUGUUCCUGAGAGCUUCAGACAUCUGGUCGAGCUUUUUUGCAAAGAAACUAAACUGUUGAUCGAUGGUACGCCCAUUCGAAACUAUGGUAUAUCAAGCGGCGAUACAAUAAAAAUUGAAGCACCGCAAUUCACAGAAGGCCAAACAUUCGGUGGUUCACCUAGCGAAGACCUUUGGCUAGGUAAAAUACAAAACGUUAAGGGGAACAUGGAACUCGAAGGCAAAGCAGAACGUGACAAGUGCCGGGCAGAGUUCUCCCGAGAGCUGAGACAAAGAGCUAUGGCGGAAUCCGGCAGCGAUAAAGUGCCAGUCCACGAAAUCGAAUCAGAUCUCGAGAUAAAGGAUACCCGCCAUGCUUCUGGACCUAGCCAACCAUCUGCAGAGGCCGGCCACAAGGUUGUGAGAAGCUCUAGACCUGGUGUUAGAUGUCCCACCUGUGCCUUGGAAGGUAGAGAGAUAUGGGUUAUUCCCGGGCGCUGUUGUGGAUAUUGCGGAACACCAUGUGUGGAUGAGGAUAUGCUGAGAGCUAGUGUCAGCACAGACAACUUUAUGGAUGACAAGGAAUGGGUGCCUUUGUUCACAGCGACAGGCGUCAAUAACAACAACGAGGAACAGCUGAAAUCGAUCCCUGAAGGACCCGAGAAGAAACAAGUAUCGUGCCCAAGCUUCUCGGCCGAUGGUUAUUGCAUGGAUGGAGCUGAAUGCCCCUUUAUUCAUGAUGCGGCCAUGAUAUCCACUUCCGAUUCGUCUAGCAAGCAACCCGAUGCCGUGGAGUCUUUUAAAGCUCCAGGCAGAACGAUGAACAGGAAGGAACUCAAGGUCUGGAAGGCCUUAUGUGCGCUAGAGGACGAAUUGGAAGUAGCAUGGCUUCCAAUAGGCAGAGAGACCAUGAACUCAGACGAUGGUUCAACAAAAAAGCGAGACGAGCGGCUCACACUUAUCGAUGGAGUUCAUUAUAGCAUCAUAAGGAAGUUGAGGGGUAUCGAGGAGCUCAGCGAGCCUGAUAUCAAGGCAAAGAGAAGUCAUAUAGUGGAAAAGGCCAACAAGCUUCUAGCGGAGCUGGGUGUGACAGGGGGCUCUCGGUGAUAUAGUCAUG